AUGACUUUUAAAGACACUGGGAAGACACCCAAGGAACCAGAGAUGGUGAUUCACAGAAUUAGAAUUACUUUAACCAGCUAUAACAGAAAAUCUUUGGAGGAGGUAUGUGCUGACUUGAGUAGAGGUGCAAAGGAAAAGAAUCUCAAAGUGAGAGGACCAGUUUGGAUGCCUACCAAGAAUCUGAGAAUUGCUACCAAAAAAGCUCUUUGUGGUGAAGGUUCUAAGAUUUGGGAUUGUUUUCAGAUGAGGAUCUACAGGCGACUCAUUGACUUGCACAUUCCUUCUGAGAUUGUUAAGAAGAUUACAUCCAUCCUUAUUGAGCCAGGAGAUGAGAUUGAAGUCACCAUUGCAGAUGCUUAAAUCAUCCUUUUUAAUAAAUUGAUUAUCAGUUGUUAAAAAA